AUGUAUAACUAUAUUUCGACUGUCAUGCCAAGUCAAGCUGUAAGGAAAAGACAACACCAACGGCGAAUUUUGUCUGGCGGAAAGAAGGAGGGUGAUCUUUGUCCUGUUGGACUGGAGGCUUGUCCGGUGUUGAGAGAUAGCCAAAAAGGAGACUAUGAGUGCGUCGACACUACACUUGAACUGGAGUCGUGCGGCGGUUGUGUUUUCGGGAGCGACACCUCUGGGGUCGACUGCACUACUCUUCCUGGCAUCUCGCCAGCGGCAGUACUUUGCUCCCAGGGUGAAUGUCGAGCCUUGGCUUGCGCUGAGGGAUUUACUUUAGUUGAAGGGAGUUGCGUGUCGGUCUUAGCUGAAUAA